UUUUGUUGUGAUCGAAAAAAAAGAAGAUCAGAUUUGGGCUGCCUCUUUAAACUCAGCCUGUCAUUAAUUUGCUCUAAACACUUAUUGGCUCGUCAGUAGGCCGAGGUUGCUAGUGCAUUUCCAUUGCUGGAUGAGGGAGGAAGUCUCUGGGAUCGAGCAGGACGUUGUGCGUAAUUGUGGGGGCAUCUGAAAACCCACCUCUUGACUGACCACCUCGGAUCAUUUUCAUCAAGAUGGCAGGAAAGAUUAGCUCCAAAGAUGAGCUGGAGGAACUGAGAGAGGCAUUUGGCAAAGUUGACCUCGAUGGCAAUGGCUCCAUCUGUGACUACGAGCUCCAUGAGUUGUUCAAGGAGGCAAACCUUCCCCUGCCUGGCUACAAAGUCAGGGAGAUCAUCCAGAAGCUGGAUAGCAACAAGGACAACGAGAUCAGCUUUGACGAGUUUGUAUCAAUAUUCCAGGAGUUGAAAAGCAGUGAUGUUGCCAAAAGCUUUCGGAAGGCCAUUAACCGGAAGGAGGGGAUCCUGGCCAUAGGGGGGACAUCUACACAGUCCAGCGAGGGAACGCAACACUCCUUCUCUGAGGAGGAACGGUACGCGUUUGUCAACUGGAUAAACACAGCACUGGAGAAUGACCCUGACUGCAAGCACGCCCUGCCCAUGGACCCCAACUCAGACUCCCUCUUCAAGUCCCUGGGCGACGGCAUCGUUCUUUGUAAAAUGAUCAACUUGUCGGUGCCAGACACGAUUGACGAGAGGACCAUAAACAAGACAAAACUGACACCGUUCACAAUACAGGAGAAUCUGAACCUUGCUCUAAACUCUGCCUCUGCCAUUGGCUGCCACGUGGUGAACAUCGGGGCUCUGGACCUUAGGGAGGGGAAGCCCCACCUGGUGCUGGGCCUGCUGUGGCAAAUCAUCAAGAUCGGCCUGUUCGCUGACAUCGAGCUCAGCAGGAAUGAAGCCCUGGCUGCUCUGCUGAGGGAUGGAGAGACCCUGGAGGACUUGAUGAAGCUGUCUCCAGAGGAGCUGCUGCUGCGCUGGGCUAACUUCCACCUGGAGAACGCAGGCUGGGAGAAAAUCAGUAACUUCAGCUUGGACAUCAAGGACUCCAGAGCCUAUUUCCACCUCCUCAUCCAAAUCUCCCCCAAAUGCACAGAGGAAGACCAGCCACACACAGACAUCAGCAUGGCAGGCUUCAGUGAGAAGGAUGACCUGAAGAGGGCUGAGAACAUGCUUCAGCAGGCUGACAGGCUGGACUGUCGCCAGUUUGUCACACCAGCUGACGUAGUCUCUGGCAACCCCAAACUCAACUUGGCCUUUGUGGCCAAUCUCUUCAAUAAGUACCCGUCUCUCACCAAGCCUGAGGGAGAGGGCAUUGACUGGGGCCUGCUGGAAGGUGAGACACGAGAAGAGGGAACAUUCCGGAACUGGAUGAAUUCCCUGGGCGUGAACCCACAUGUCAAUCAUCUGUAUGGAGACCUAGCAGACGCCUUGGUCAUCCUUCAGCUUUAUGAAAAGAUAAAAGUACCCGUUGACUGGACCAACAAAGUCAACAAGCCACCAUAUCCCAAGAUUGGGACAAACAUGAAAAAGUUGGAGAACUGCAACUAUGCAGUGGAUCUGGGAAAGAUGACGGCCAAGUUUUCUCUGGUUGGCAUUGGUGGGCAGGACCUGAACGAUGGCAACGCCACCCUGACGCUGGCUCUGCUGUGGCAGCUCAUGAGGAGAUAUACUCUGAAUGUACUAGAGGACUUGGGAGAUGGCCAGAUGGCUAAUGAUGACGACAUUGUCAAAUGGGUCAAUACAACCUUGUCAGAGGCGGGGAAAACAACCAAGAUCUCAAGCUUCAAGAUCCGUCAUCCUGGUCCCUUUGCAGAAAAACAGCCCCAUAGCAUGAUGUUUCCACCCCCAUGCUUCACAGACAAGGAGAUCAGCACCAGUUUACCAGUGGUGGACCUGAUUGAUGCCAUCCAACGUGGCAGCAUCAGCUAUGACCUGGUCAAGACUGGCAGCCUAGCAGCUGAGGACAAGUUGGAGAAUGCAAAAUAUGCCAUUUCCAUGGCGAGGAAGAUCGGGGUGUGUGUCUACGCUCUCCCAGACGACCUGGUGGAGGUCAAGUCCAAAAUGGUAAUGACGGUGUUCGCAUGCUUGAUGGGCCGGGGGAUGAAGUGGCCUUAACCAAGAUGCUGUGUCACUUUGGCAUCGACAAACUACCCACAAGCCAUUUGCUUGAUGAAUGGCGACCUGGGAAUUUAGAAAGACGUGGAAGAAAAUGUUACUAAAAGUGCCAGUGUUACUUCAACCUCGUUUUGAACAGAAAUGUUUGCACAAUAUUUUGUAGUAUUCUUAAGUUAAGCCCAUAGCAUGUUUCUGAAGACUAGGUCUGUUAGAGGACAACUUGUUAUGUUACUUCUCAAUAUGUAACUCUAUUUGUUUCAGAAUGCUGUAUGGUGUAUGUGCAUUUUUACUGUUACAACUAUAUGCUUGCUGUUCACACUACUUAUAACAUCCCUUACAGUGGAUGAUGAGCUUUAACUUGGUUAAACUGAAAUUGUGGAGUAUUAACUUUCCCCUCUGCCCUAUUGAAAUGCAUGCAUAUAUUUAUAGCUGGUCUUGGCAACAGCUGCACAUCUCUACACAGAAGCCACAAGGUCAAACCUUAGUAAUGACCAAGCCUGAAGGGUAUUCUGUUUUUUUUCAAUUAUGCUAGGUAGUAAGCUGAAAGGAGCUGGGUGUCUCGUCUAGCAUUUUUGUAUUGGACUAAAGAUGUCUUACUCUGGAAGAAAAGGGGAGCUUACUGAGUUCAGUUUCAUUCGUUGUGCCUUUUCAUUUUGUCUUGAUGCUAUAUUCUGUUGCACAGUAAGGUUUCCACUUAAUCUUUUGAAUUCGCCAUGACCAGAAAAUAUAGCUGACAUAUUUCUGCAUUCCAUAUAGUGGCGUGUUUUGUAUAAAUGUAUACUCUGCAGUGCUUUAUACAUAAAGAGAACAAUAAAUAAAACAAACAAUGCAUACAA